CUCUGCUUUCAUGUAAUGUCGUCAGAAUUUCAAUCCUCAGACCACAUGCAGCGCUCAGGGUUUUUCUGCCUACUACGUCUUGAAACAGACGAUCUUGGCUGCCUGACAGACGCAUCUCGAACCAACAGCAGCAGGAGGAAUGGCGACAAACUCAGGUAGAAACUGUAUUUUCUGUUUGAUAGCCAACGAUCAGGAUGAAGAGGCUGAAAUCAUGAAAGAGAGUGACGAGCUGGUGUGUUUUAAAGACAUCAACCCCGCUGCUCCUCAUCACUACCUGGUUGUUCCCAAACGGCACAUCCACUGCUGCUUCUCGUUGCACAGAGGACACAUCAGCCUCGUUAAAAGAAUGGCCGAAAUGGGGGAAGCUGUGCUGCGCGAACAAGGGAUCACUGACAUGAAGGUCGCAAGGUUGGGGUUCCACAUGCCUCCCUACAUUUCAGUAGGACACCUCCACCUCCACGUCAUCGCCCCCACCUGCCAAAUCUCACCGUACAUGGAGUAUAAGUUCAUUCCAGAGACAGUGGCUUUCAUUACUGAAGAAUCUCUGCGGAAUUGGCUCUGGAAUAUAAACCAUCAGAAUCCCAGCAUUAUAUAGGAAAUUGCAUGUCGUCCUAACCUGGACUUCAGGCUGUAGCAGAGGAGCAGCAGACUGAGCUUUACUGUGAUGUUCAGAACUUCUGCCUCAACAAUCAGAGAAAACCAUCUGCGGAGGAAGAUCUGUCCCUGUAAGGCUACAGCUAAACAGUAGUGCUCUAUUUAUAAUGUAUUUCUAUUGUAAUAGUGUGAUUUUCAUGUGUGUAUAUGUAUUUUUAUUUAUAUACACUACCAGUCAAAAGUUUGGACACACCUUCUCAUUUAGUGCUUUUUAUGUCUUUUGUUUUAUUUUCUACAUUUUAGAUCAAUACUGAAGAUUAACACUUUUUUUGUUAACAUAAUUCCACAGUUAUUUAUUCUUUUAUAGUUUUGAUGUCUUCAGUAUUAAUCUACAAUGUAUUAAAAAAUUUAAUAAAAACCACUGAAUGAGAAUGUGUGUCCAAACUGUUGACUGGUAGUGUGUGUGCAUAGAUAAAUGAAAUAAAUGAUGCUGUUACGGUCAGACAUAUGCAGUGAAAGGUCAAUGGACUGGUUCCAUUCAACACCAUAAUGCUGCGAAUAAUCCCACUCUUUUUAAAAAAAAGUUAUUUAUACAUUUGUAUUUUUUUUAUAGUCGUCUUUCUGUGACUGUCGGAGUAGUGAGGUGCAGGGCACAAUGGAAUACUGCUUCCAUGUUUACAGUGAUAGUUUCUGAUAAUUUAUAAUGUCAGAAUGUGUAGCACGCCUUCAGAAAUACUAACCCAAAGAAGUGAUAGUAUUUUAUACGUGUUAUAUGUGUAAUUUUGAAUUUAAAUAAAGUGUUUAUUCACCUUCUUGUA